AUGUUUUAUAUUCAUCUGUAACAAAUGCUUUUAGUCAAUGGGAGAUUCCCAAAAGAGUAAGGAAAAGGGUCCAUACAAUCAAUGGGGACCAGAGGAGACAAAAUUGUUGGUAGAGUUACUUGUUGAUGCAGUUCACCGAAAUUGGCGUGAUAAUAGCGGUAUCUUUAGCAAGCUAACGGUGGAGCAAAAGAUUUUACCAGUUCUCAAUGAAAGACUUGGAUGCCAAAAGAAUCACACUCAGUACCUAAGUAGAUGGAAGUACUUGAGAGGCCUAUACCAAAAUUAUUUAGACCUUCAACGCUUCAAUUUUGGAUUUGGAUGGGAUAAUGAAAUGAAAAUGUUUACCGCUCCGGAUGAAGUGUGGGACGAGUACUUGAGGAAACAUCCUAAACAUAAACAUCUACGAUAUGAGUCAAAUGAACAAUUUGAGGAUCUUCAAGUCAUAUUUGGAUGUGGUUUAGCUACUGGUGGUUCCGCAAUUGGAAUGGGUGAUACCAUUGAUGCUCGAACCAUUAGAACUGGGGAGAGUACAAGAGUGAGAGAUAACAUAAUCGUUGAUGAAGUUUUUGAACUAUCAUCUGAAGAGCCAUUAGCAUCACCAGAAUGUGAUAUGUCACCCAUUCAAGGUACAAAUCCAAAAGGGAGGGUGGAUAAACUUCGUCCAAGGAAGAGGUCUAGAACCUUAGCUACUAGCAAUGUAGAUAAGCUGAAAACUGAUGAGGAGGAUCCUAUGAUCAUAGGAAUUAUGGAGAGCACCAUUGUAAGAGAGGAUGAAGAUGACGAAUCAGAAAUGGAUAUUUUGCUAUUACUACUGAAAAAUACGACGAGAGCUUACUUCACGAAUAAACGUAUUGAGCGUCCGAUUCGUAAGCCUAUCACAAGAAUUGGCUACAUUUACCUCGAGAAACUUUUGAAGAAAGAUCAUGACCGCUUUCGAAAGGACUGUGUUGGAGCUAUCGACGGCACACACAUUCAUGCAAUGGUGCCCGCUUCUAAUGCACCAAGCUAUCGUAAUCGGAAAGGAUAUACAUCACAAAAUGUUCUUGCUGCUUGUAACUUUGAUCUAGAGUUCAGAUAUGUCCUUAGUGGGUGGGAAGGUACAGCUCACGAUUCAAAAGUAUUAAGCGAUGCUUUAACGAGAAGUAAGAGCAAGCUACCUGUUCCUGAAGGAAAAUAUUAUCUAGUUGAUUGUGGAUUUGUAAAUCGACGCAAUUUUUUAGCUCCGUUCAGAGGUACAAAGUAUCAUCUACAAGACUUUAGAGGUCAAGGUUGUGAUCCUAGUAAUCAAAAUGAGUUAUUCAACUUGCGUCAUGCAUCUUUGAGAAAUGUGAUCGAGAGAAUUUUUGGUAUCUUCAAAUCUCGCUUUUUGAUUUUCAAAUCAGCACCGCCUUUUCCUUUUAAGGUACAAGCAGAACUUGUAUUAGCUUGUGCUGGAUUACAUAACUUUCUUCGUAGAGAAUGUCGGUCCGAUGAGUUUCUUCCCGAAGAAUACAGUGACAACGACGAAGAAAACAAUGAGAGCCACGAAGAAAACAAUUAUGAGGAAAAUGGAGAUACGGGACCUCUCCAAUCUCAACAAAGGGAAUAUGCUAAUAAUUGGAGAGACACAAUAGCUGCUAGUAUGUGGGCAGAAGCUACAGGAACAGGGAGCAUACCAUGAAGAUCAUGAAGUUUUUAUUUUCAAAUAUUUUUCUCUUCUUUGCCUGUGUUGGAUUAAGGGGUGACAAAGAUCUUGGUUUGUUUGGUUUCAUUGUUUGUGACGAAGCUUGCUAUCUUUGAGCAAACUUUUGAUUUUCUUUUUAUAAUAAGUUUUUAUUUACCAG